AUGGCUGGGAGGUGUGGGCUGCUGAGGCGUCGGGCCGUCGGGUGCAGGGCACUUUGGAGCGCAAGGCAGAAAGUGUUGCUGAAGGAUGGACUCAACACCUCUCAGCGAGGGUUGGUCGUGCUGGGUAUUGAGAGCACUUUUGAUGACACAGCAAUUGGCAUCGUGAACCACCAACGGCAAAUACUUGCCGACGUCCGACGAACCCAGGACCAUUCCAACUGUGACUUUUCCUUUUCUGGGCUCAAGACCCGCGCCAUCAAUCUGUCGAGUGAGUACGCAAAACGGGAUGAGCUUCCUCUAUUGGCUGCCAGCUUUCAGCGAACGAUUGCUGACCAUCUCCUCGUUCGGUUGGAACGAGCACUGCGAUUCUGCGAUCAACAAGGACGCCGGCCUCGGCGCUUUGUGGCUGCAGGGGGCGUGCUCUGCAAUGCCUACAUUCGUCAAAGGCUGCACGCGUUUGCACGAUUUCACGACUUGCCUGUCGAGUUUCCUGCACCCCCACUUUGCGUGGACAAUGGUGUUAUGAUCGCGUGGGCGGGCCUCUUACACUUUCUCCGAGGCACGAGUUCUGUGGCCCGGGAUCCCCAAGCGUUGCGCUAUCAUCCCAAAUGGCCUAUCGGCCUGAAUAUGCGUGCGGCUGUUACGGCAGCCAAUAUCCAGCUUCGCGCCCGCGACGUGCUGCGCCAAUAUUAGCAGGCGAGAUGGCGCUCAAAAGCGUGAAGUGUGUAAAAUUUCGCAAGGCAAGGAAAGAUGUUAAUUUGAUCUGGUUG